AUGCCAACGAAAAUUAAAUUGAGUAGGUUUUCUACAGUAGUCUGGGGAGUACUGUAGGUAUUUACAGUAACCCAUUUUUUUGCAGAACAACAAAAUAGCGUUUCGAAAGCCAAGGCGAGUCAAAUGAAGAAGAACAAAUCGGCGGGUGGAAUCAAUCGAAAGGUACAGUAACCCGUGGGGGUACUGUAGGUUUUUUUGGCUUUAUUAUCUAAAAUAUCAUCGGUACCACGCGCUCUACCGAAAUAAACACGCAACGCAGACCGCGCCGCGUCACAACACACACAAAAACUGGAGGGAAUUUGAAUCGUUCCCUUAUUUGUGUGUGCUGUGGCGCGACGCGGUCUGCGUUGCGUGUUUAUUUCGGUGGAGCGCGUGGUGUCGAUAAUAUUUUAGAUAAUAGAUUAGACAUUUUGAGAAGAUUACUGUAAAUUUUGACGCGCGAAAACCCCGAUUUUUUGCAGUUUCAAGAUCAAGUCAGUCGAGAUAUGCGAAGUACAGCGACAAAAUCGAACAAUGAUCGAACUGUGGACAUCGAGCAGCCAACUCAGAAUAAUUUGGCUCCGCGAGCAAAACCUGCACCACCACCCGCACCUCCAGCAAGAAUUGAAUCGCAAUAUAAACCGCCACCCCCGCCACCAGCUCCACACGCCACGUCACCAGUCAAACAACCGGCGGCGGCUCUUCCACCUCCACCCAAACCUCCUGCACCUCCUGCUCAGCCACCAAGUGCACCACCACCAGCUCCGCAGAAAGAUGCGUCGUAUUACACGCAACUCACUGCACCGCCUCCGCCGAUGCCUCCUGAUCCGCCAGCACUUCCGGCGCCCCAACCUCCUCCUCCGAAAAUUGCACCGCCUGUGAUUAUUACGGUAGGUAUCGUUGAUUUGUGUGCAAUUGUGCGUCGCGGUGUAUUCACAGAAAGAAAAACACACAAAUUCAAAGCACGCGGGAUAGCGUCAACGCGGAGUCUUGUUGUUUUCUUUUUUAUUUUUUGCAUUUUUUCGAAAAAUGUUAAAUUUUCAUGGAAAAAACUGAUUUCUGGGUAUGAAAAACAAUACAUUGAAGUAGAAGAAACACAUUUAAAGGCGCAUUGACCAGGUCUCGCAAAUUAAAGGCGCAUUGACCAGGUCUCGCAGCGAUUUUGUGUUUUUCUGCAUUUCCCAUCGUUUUUUGAUAUACCAUUGAAUUCGUCUUGUUGAGAGGAACCCGGGGAACUAAACCGUUUCUUGAAAUAUGCAGUUUCAGAGAAUUUAGCGCUGAAAAACAAAAGUUUGUAAAUUAAAGGCGCAUUGACCAGGUCUCGCAGCGAUUUUUUGUGUUUUUCCAUGUUUUUCUAUGGAAAAAUAACAAAUCUAUAUGAUUUUCAGGUACCUGACCCACCACGUUUGCCACCGCCACCAAUUCCAGUCCCAUUACCACCUGCGCCUCAUCCGCCAGCGGCUCUUCCACCUGCCCCACACCCGCCGCCACAAGUUUUGGCCGCGCAACAACCUGCUCCGCUUCCGCCUCCCCCACUUCUUCCGCAAGCAACACCGCAACCGGUUCCACCAUCGCCUGUCCCACUAUUCACACCACCGCCCGCACCAAUUCCGAAUCCGCAUGCUGGCGGCGCUUCCGCGCCCCAACCGCCUUUGCCGCCACGAAAACAACACAGUGAACCCGGAGCUAUGGCCAAUUUUAAUAAUGCGGUGAGAUAAAUCCACGUGGCAAAAAAAAAUCAAUAAUCUUUUCAGGUAAUUUUGCCUGGAAUGCGAGCUGUUGUUCAAGCCUUCCAGCCAAUCAUUAAUCACGAUAAACCGGCUGAAAAAGCGGCUGAAAAAGGCGGAAAUGCGCGAAAAUUGGAGAGAGCCGAAUUGCAAGAGGAACAAUCGUCGACGAAUGAGGAGGUCGAUAGGUGCGCAGUUUUGGGAGCAUUUUGACACCGAACAUGACUAUUUUCAGCAAAAAUCUGAAAUUUUCCACAAAUCUUGUUGGGACUCAUUUUGUAGAGAAUUUCGAGAGCUACAAAAUGAGUCCAAAUAUGAUUUUUGAAAAUUUCAAAUGUUUGCUGAAAAUCCCGCCUGAAAUCGAUGAUUUUCAGCAAAAAUCUGAAAUUUUCAAGAAUCAUGUUUAGGCUCAUUUUGUAGAGAAUUUCGAGAGCUACAAAAUGAGCCCAAACAUGAUUUUUGAUAAUUUCAAAUUUUCGCUGAAAACCCUGUCUGAAACCGAUGAUUUUCAGCAAAAAUCUGAAAUUUUCAAAAAUCAUGUUUAGGUUCAUUUUGUAGAGAAUUUUAAGAGCUACAAAAUGAGCCCAAACAUGAUUUUUGAAAAUUUCAAAUUUUCGCUGAAAAUCCGGCCUGUAACUGAUGAUUUUCAGCGAAAAUCUGAAAUUUUCAAAAAUCAUGCUGGAACUCAUUUUGUAGCUCUUCAAAUUCUCUACAAAAUGAGUUCCAGCAUGGUUUUUGAAAAUUUCAGAUUUUCAGCCAAAAAUCUGAAAUUUUCAAAAAUCUUGUUUAGGUUCAUUUUGUAGAGAAUUUCAAGAGCUACAAAAUGAGCCCAAACAUGAUUUUUAAAAAUUUCAGAUUUUUGCUGAAAAUAGCCAUGUUUGGUGUCAAAAUGCUCGAAAUUUCCAGAUUUCUUUUGAUUUUUUGUUUUCAGAUCUCAACUAGUGCCAAAUUGGGUGAAAAAAACGUUGGAAAAUGGAAUUUCGGCACUCAAAAAAGAAUAUUGGGAAACGCCAAACGAGGCACCAAUCGAAAAAGCGGCAACCUUCAAAGAAAAUCCGACAAAAAAUCGAUAUUGGAAUAUUGCGUGCAACGAUGCUACGCGAUUCCGCCUCGCCGACCAGCCCACCUACUAUAUUCAUGCGAACUACGUCGGCUCGGCGCUGUCGAAUCCGCGUCGAUUUUUGUGCGCGCAAGCGCCGCUUGUGGCUACGGUCGAGGAUUUUUGGCGAAUGGUGAUUGUGUCGGGCACCGAAUUCAUUGUGAUGUUGUGCGAUUUGGUGGAGAAGGGCAAACAGAAGAGUGCCGAAUAUUUUCCGCAGAAAAUUGGCGAGACUAUGAAUAUUGGCAUGUAUUGUAGUGUUGUUAAGGAGCAUUUUCAGGAGGUAAAAAACUCAGAUUUUCAGCCAGAAUCUGAAAUUUUCAAAAAAUCAUGUUUGGGCUCAUUUUGUAGCUCUUCAAAUUCUGAACAUAAUGAGCCCAAAUUUCAGAUUUUGGCUGAAAAUCAGAGCUCAAAAAUCUCUAAUUUUCAACCAGAAUCUGAAAAUUUGAAAAAUCAUGUUUGGGCUCAUUUUGUAGCUCUUCAAAUUCUGAACAAAAUGAGCCUAACCAUGGUUUUUGAAAAUUUCAGAUUUGCCUCAAAAAACUCAGAUUUUCGGCCAGAAUUUGAAAUUUUCGAAAAUCAUGUUUGGGCUCAUUUUGUAGGUCUUGAAAUUCUCUAUAGAAUGAGCCUAAAUUUCAGAUUUUGGCUGAAAAUCAGAGCUCAAAAAACUCUGAUUUUCAACCAGAAUCUGAAAUUUUCGAAAAUCAUGUUUGGGCUCAUUAUGUAGCUCUUCAAAUUCUGUGCAAAAUGAGCCUAAACAUGGUUUUUGAAAAUUUCAGAUUUUCAGCCAGGAUCUGAAAAUUUUGAAAAAUCAUGUUUAGGCUCAUUUUGAAGCCCUUUAAAUUCUGUGCAAAAUGAGCCCAAAUUUCAGAUUUUGGCUGAAAAUCAGAGCUCAAAAAACUCUAAUUUUCAACCAGAAUCUGAAAUUUGGAAAAAUCAUGUUUGGGCUCAUUUUGUAGCUCUUGAAAUUCUCUACAAAAUGAGCUUAAACAUGGUUUUUGAAAAUUUCAGAUUUGGCUCAAAAAACUCGGAUUUCCAACCAGAAUCUGAAAUUUUGAAAAAUCAUGUUUGGGCUCAUUUUGAAGCUCUUCAAAUUCUGAACAAAAUGUGCUUAAAUUUCAGAUUUUGGCUGAAAGUCAGAGCUCAAAAAACUCUAAUUUUCAACCAGAAUCUGAAAAUUUCAAGAAACAUAUUUGGGCUCAUCCUGAAGCUCUUCAAAUUCUCUACAGAAUGAGCCUAAACAUGGUUUUUUCAAAUUUAAAAUUUGGCUGAAAAUCAGAGCUCAAACAACUCUAAAUUCAACCAGAAUCUGAAAAUUUCGAAAAUCAUGUUUGGGCUCAUUUUGAACCCCUUGAAAUUCUGUGCAAAAUGAGCCUAAAUAUGAUUUUUGAAAAUUUCAGAAUUUGGCUGAAAAUCAGAGCUCAAGAAACUCGGAUUUCCAACCAGAAUCUGAAAAUUUCAAGAAACAUAUUUGGGCUCAUUUUGUAGCUCUUCAAAUUCUGAACAAAAUGAGCCUAAACGUGGUUUUUGACAUUUUCAGAUUUGGCUCAAAAAACUCUGAUUUUCAGCCUGAAUCUGAAAUUUUGAAAAAUCAUGUUUGGGCUCAUUUUGUAGCCCUUGAAAUUCUCUCUCCAUUUCCAGCUCGAUAAAACUGUAACAAGUUCGAAAUUUCGCGUCACACUGACUGAAACCGGCGCCGUUUCAACGCUGAAACAUUUACAUUGGCACAAUUGGCCGGAUCAUGGUGCACCUGAUAGUUUUGUCUCGCCGUUUCGAGUUAUUAUGCAAGUCAGGAGAAGCAGGUAGGGGUUUUGGGGGAAGAAAUUACGAAGCUCCGCGAUUACGCAUCGAGAUUUUCAAUUUCCUAAUUUUGCCAAGGAAAUUUGGAGCAUUUUGACACCGAACAUGACUAUUUUUGAGCAUUUUCAGCCAAAAAUCUGAAAUUUUCAAAAAUCAUGCUGAAACUCAUUUUGUAGAGAAUUUCAAGUGCUACAAAAUGAGCCCAAACAUGAUUUUUGAAAAUUUCAGAUUUUUGCUGAAAAUCCUGCCUGAAAUCGAUGAUUUUCAGCCAAAAUCUGAAAUUUUCAAAAAUCUUGUUUAGGCUCAUUUUGUAGCUCUUGAAAUUCUCUACAAAAUGAGCCCAAACAUGAUUUUUGAAAAUUUCAGAUUUUUGCUGAAAAUCCCGCCUGAAACCGAUGAUUUUCAGCCAAAAAUCUGUAAUUUUCAAAAAUCAUGCUGAAACUCAUUUUGUAGAGAAUUUCAAGAGCUACAAAAUGAGCCCAAACAUGAUUUUUGAAAAUUUCAGAUUUUUGCUGAAAAUCCCGCCUGAAACCGAUGAUUUUCAGCCAAAAAUCUGUAAUUUUCAAAAAUCAUGCUGAAACUCAUUUUGUAGAGAAUUUCAAGAGCUACAAAAUGAGCCCAAACAUGAUUUUUGAGAAUUUCAGAUUUUCGCUGAAAAUCCUGCCUGAAAUCGAGGAUUUUCAGCCAGAAUCUGAAAUUUUCAAAAAUUUCGUUUGUUGCUCUUGAAAUUCUCUACAAAAUGAGCCCAAACAUGAUUUUGUAGAGAAUUUCAAGAGCUUCAAAAUGAGCCCAAACAUGAUUUUUGAAAAUUUCAGAUUCUGAGUGAAUAUCAGGGCUCAAAAUGCUCCAAAUUUCAAGCAAAAAUGUUAAGAAUAAGGAUUACAAUCAAAUUCAUUAAAAAUUUCAAGUUUUUUGAUCGAAAAAUGAUUCGUGGCUAAAUUAGGUCCUACAAAAAAUCUCGAUGCGUCAUUGCGGAGCUUCGUAGUCCGCUCAAUUUUUCUAUUUUCAGACGCCCGAUUCUUGUGCAUUGCUCAGCUGGAGUUGGUCGAACCGGAACGCUGGUUCUAAUCGCCACAAUUCUCGAAAGCAUCAAAUCAGCCGAUUUUCCCGGCGUCCCAAAAGUGUUGGCAAAAAUGCGCGAAGAACGUUUCAAAUGUGUUCAAACCGAAAUCCAAUAUUUGUAUGUGCAUCGUUGUUUAAUCGAAUAUUUGGUGCUCAAAAAUAUGUGCCCGAAUUAUUCGAAGGAUUUGCUCAAGAAAUUCCGCGAUGAUUACGAUCAGAUUGCUGACAAAUAUGAGAAAGCGUAG